ACAGCGCGCUGAUUGGCUCUGGACCAGUUUAACAAUAGGAGGCUCCUCCUCUCCGCGCCUCCUCUACCUUUUACUCUCCAUAAUACCCACACCACAGUCCCACAGUUGGUCCCACAGCUGCUGCCUGCUGCUAAUUGUAAGCCAUAAGCCAGAAUUAGUUUGCAUUUGCAGUUCUUCCUCUUCGUUCGACAUCUUUGGUAGGCAAAUUUCGGCAAAAAUGUCGUCCGUCUGUUGCGGCUCGAAGAAGCAGAAGGUGAGCCACAACCGCGAGCUGCCUGACCCCACCAGCGGACGGAUUUUGUCAGGGAUGGUUGCUCACCCCGAGAUGUGCUUCUUCUGCUUUGACGUCCUCUACAGCCACUUGCACAGUCUCGAGCAGCCCAGAGCGCCUGGAUUCUCCAACGAUGCCUUCCCUUUGUUUGUGACCUGGAAAACGGGUCGCGACUACAGGUUACGAGGAUGCAUUGGAACCUUCGACGCCAUGAACCUGCACUCGGGGCUUCGCGAGUAUUCCAUCACCAGUGCUGUGAAGGAUUCGCGGUUCAAUCCGAUUUCUCGAGAUGAGCUUCCUCGUCUGCACGUCUCGGUGUCGAUUUUGCGUCACUUUGAGGAUGCCAAUGACUGUAUGGACUGGCAAAUCGGAGUCCACGGCAUACGAAUUGAAUUCAUCAAUGAGCAUGGCAGCAAGAGAACUGCAACCUACCUACCAGAAGUGGCACCUGAGCAAGGUUGGGACAGGGUUCAGACGAUUGACUCGUUGUUGCGCAAGGGUGGCUACAAGGGCCAGGUGACUGCAGAGUUCCGUCGUUCAGUUCGUCUGACACGCUACCAGAGCGAGAAGGUGUCCGUUUCAUAUGAGGAGUACGUCACUAUGUGGCGUGGCCCUCAAUACGGCGACCAUGGCAGUGGAGGCGGCAGCGGAAUGUACGGUGCCUCCAGCAACUACAUGUGCUAAAUCUGGUUACGGCAGCACCUGUGAUGUGUCUCGUUCCGAAAGCUGGAAGAAUUUUAUUUCUGUUGUACUUAAAUUAAAUGGGAGGAAAUAUAUGAAAUGCAGAUAUUUAGGCAGUUUUGAAAACUUCAACAUGAUGAAAUGGGCGUUUGUGUGCACAAAUUAAACCCUGUAAUUUUGUUAAGCCCAAUUCCAUAGACGAUUUUUAAAGAUAUGUUCUUUUCUCAUUCAUUUUUAAACCAAUUUGUUUAAGUAAUUGGUGAUUAUACAUUGUUCAAAGAAGUGUUGUCCUCCAAGGUAAAAAAAAAAAAAAAAUUGUAAUUAUGCUAAACUGAAUAUAUAUUGACUGUUUAAGUGGGCAAUGUGUUGAAUGAUGUUAAGUGGUAUCUUCGGCAAACUAGAGGCAUCUUCCUCGAAUAAAUAAGUGCAAAAAUCGGUGCCACUUAAGAGCAGUUAAAUUUCUCUCACUUGCACAUUUUGUGGUUAUAAUCAAUAUUUUCAAUUGACGAGCAAAAAAAUAAUAGUAAAAAUGCAAUUUUCCAGGGAAACUGCUUAAAUCUAGUUGCGAGCGCUGCUGUCUUAACAAAAUCGACUUUGAACUUUUGGCAAAGAAAUUGUUGUUCAAAAUCAUCUGCUACGAAAUAAUCUUACAUUAAGAUAAUGCAUAAGCUUUAAAAGCUUUUAAGUGAUUUGUAAUUCACUCGUAGCCAUCUCAAUUGAUGAGAUUGUAAUAUUUAAAUUCUAUAAUGUUAAUAGAUCAUGCCUGACCUAGAGUUUAUCUGAUUUUUUUUUUAUACAAAGUUUAGGAAAAAAAUUAAAAUUAGCAUACAAAAAAUAGAGGGUCUUAUGUAUUUCUCAUCAAGACCUAUUGAUCAGCCACACAUAAUUUGCAUAAUUCAAAACGCAGUGAAGACGCAAGUACUUCAUAAGUAUAUGUAUAAUAAACACCCAUGCUUGUAGUGUUAGAUGGCAUAAAUCAUAAUUUUUUAAUUGGUACAAUAGCAUACUUUUUUUUAAUGGCACCCACUUAGUUUUUCAACUUUGGGGUUGGUCUAUGCCACGGUGCAGAAGUUGUUUGGUUACUCCCCCUACCCUUCACUCCUUGGCGGGAGCUUUUUAUGAAGAGUAGACACUCUGCAUAGGAAGCCCUUACCACCCCCCAGACCCUGGCCUUGCCACGAAGGACGCAGGCAUUCGCCACACAAGCUGAGUUCUUCCAGCUUGUGGCUCGGAGGAAACAUGGCAAACCUCCGAAUGCGAGUCGGCACAGCUAGCGCCAUACCUCCCAAAUUCCCGACGUGUCAGCCGAAAUAUUAUCAAUGAUUCGCAUACCAGAGACAAUUUGUUUCCACAAAGAGCCUCAGGCUGAGCAUUGAUCCCAUGACGGCUGAGCAAACCCACUGAUUAGAAUGCAAGCAUUCUAAUCACUGAGCCACAGUAGCAUACUAAAUGUUUUUAUUUCUCAUAGAUGUAUUAACCAAAAACACUGCUGAUGGUAUAUUAAUAUUCAUGAAAUAAAAAAAGAAUAAGCUAUUUACUAUGCUA